AUGGAGAACCAGACAGAAGUGAGCGAUUUUGUCCUCUUAGGCCUGACCAAUCUCCAGGGUCUGAAGAACUUCCUCUUCCCUUUCUUCCUCCUGCUCUUCAUAGCCAAUGUGUUGGGUAACGGGGCCAUCAUAGUCAUGGUAAUAGCCGAGUCCCAGCUCCACACCCCCAUGUACUUCUUUCUGGGCAACCUCUCCAGCCUGGACAUCUGCUUUUCUACAGUUACUGUGCCCAAGAUGCUGUCUGGUUUCCUGUCUGAGCAACAAACCAUAACCUUUGCCAGCUGCUUGGCACAGCUCCACUUUUUCCACCUCUUCGGCAGCAGUGAGGCCAUGCUCCUGGCUGUCAUGGCCUAUGACCACUACGUAGCCAUCUGCAAGCCACUGCACUACAAGCUGGUCAUGAGCCCACAGACCUGCCUGUUCCUGGCAGCAGCCACCUGGUCCACUGGCUUCCUGCAUGCGCUGAUGUCCACAGUGAUGACCUCCCACCUGCAUUUCUGUGGCUCCAACCCUGUCCACCACUUCAUCUGUGACAUCAAGCCCCUGCUGAGCCUUGCCUGUGGCAGCACCCGCCUCAACCUGACCCUGCUCAACAUCGAUGUCCUUGGUCUGAGUUCCUUCGUCCUCACGCUCUUCUCCUACAUCUACAUCAUCUCCUUCCUCCUCCUUAAGGUCCACUCGUGGAAGAGUAGGAGAAAGGCCUUCUUCACCUGUGCAUCCCACCUCACCAUGGUGUUUCUUUUAUAUAUGCCAUCCAUUAGCAAUUACAUGAUUUUCUUUCCAGGUUUCCCCUGUGAAAGAGACAUGAUACCCACCCUCAUGUACUGCAUCAUCACCCCAGUUCUGAACCCCCUGAUCUACACCCUGAAAAAUAAGGAGGUGAAAUCCACCCUGAAGGAAUUCCUAAACAGAAAACUUUUCCCUGAAAGGAUUUGA